AUGUUGCUAAAGAACAGUUACUUUCAAUUCAUUGCCAGUCUUGUGAAUAACAAUGUCGUUGAAGUUAUACUUAGCCAAGGUGAGUAAGUGAGGUUAGUUUACAACAUCGUACGUUUUACAAGUAUUUGGGACGGCCGGUUACACUUUUUGGCUGAGUUCCACCUCUGUAUAGUCUCUCCUCUGUGGCCAUGCAUCCAGCCAUCAACGUCAUUCUAUAGUCCGUUGAAAUGUGCAAAAAGUACCAAAACGAGGCUAGUCAGGCUUCCUUAUACUAAAUCUAAUAGAAACUCCGGUACUUUUAAGAUUUAAUUUCUCAAAGACAAUAAAAGAUGGAGAAAAAAAUUGACAACCAUUUUUCGAAUCGGUCUAUAGCUGAGACAAUGUCUUUCUAAAACCUGGCGCACCUCUCAAAAUUACAUUGUUUUAGCUUUAUUUUCUUGUUUAUACAGUUAGCUACCUUUUCAAAUUGUAUCGAUUGAGAAACAUUAAAUACUGCAUGUAAAAGGAAAAAAAUUGUCAAUUAAAAUACAGUUAUCAAUGUUGCUUUAAAAUUGACGCCAUACUUACAGGAAUAUAAGUUUAGCAUUAUUUCACAGAUAAAAACUAAACAUAAUUUGUAAGUUUUUUUUCCGAAACAAAUUUCAAUAUAGUCUUAACCAAGUGGUGUAUUAUCCUAAUUAGUUUUGAGCGUGUGCUACGUAUAACAUGUCAAAUAAUCUCCUCUUAACUUAUUGAAUUUCAUACUUUAUUUCCUAAAAUAAUAGAGCCACAGAAUACGCAAGAAGUAUUGCUGACAAUCAUCCACGGUGCAGUGGAACCAUCAGACUCCAGUGUAAGUGAAAUACCUUUCUAUGAAUGUUAUGGACCUGGUUGAUCUUGUAUCGCAUGAAUUCAUUAAUUUGGUUCUACAAUAGCGUGCGCUUAGGCCGUUUGUAAAAAUGUGAUAGUUUCAUCUUUAUUAUGUUUUGUAGUGUCAAAAGGCCUGUUUUGGAAUUUUAAAGAAGUUAGUCGAACUUUGGGGUAGGUAGAAUCGUAGUUAAUAGAGGACAUAAUAUACAAAUAAUGAAUGUUUAUUCGUGCAAUGGUAAGAAUAUUUUCAUGAGGUGAAAGAUGGAAUGUUCCAUUCAACGAGGCGACAGCCGAGUUGAAUGGAACAUUUCAUCUUUCACCAAAUUUAUAUAAUACCAAAAUAGACUAAUAUUAAAAGGUUUACUGUAAGCUUUGACUGUAAGUUUACUGUAAGCUUUGACGAGUCGUAUUUGCAUUAAAUCACAUUUACUGAGUUUCGAAUAUCGGGUUAAAAUAAACUGCGAGCACCGUACGAGAAGCAUUUUGACAGAUGCGAUUUAUCGAAAACACAAAGAGUGCAAUGGAAUAAAACAUAUAAUUGCACUCGCAAGAGUGCAAUGGCACGUAUUCCAUUGCACUCUUGGGAAAUGGAAUUUUCUAUUCAAUAUCACGUGACCAUAAACAGCCAAUUAAACGAUCAGAAUUCAAUAAGGUGUUAUAUAAUACCUUAUUAAAUUCUAAUCGUUUAAUUGGCUGUUUAUGGUCACGUGAUAUUGAAUAGAAAAUUCCAUUUCCCAAGAGUGCAAUGGAACGCGUUCCAUUGCACUCUCCGCGAGUGCAAUGGAAUAAAACGUAUAGUACAAUUGCACUCUUUGUGUUUUCGAUAAAUCGCAUCCCUCAAAAUGCUUCUCAUACGAAUCUAUUAGUCUGUUCUGGAUUUUUGGUAUUAUAUAAAACAAAUAAUGAAUGUUUCUUCGUGCAAUGGUAAGAAUAUUUUCAUUCGGUGAAAGAUGGAAUGUUCCAUUCAACUCGGCUGUCGCCUCGUUGAAUGGAACAUUCCAUCUUUCACCUCAUGAAAAUAUUCUUACCAUUGCACUCAUAAACAUUCAUUAUUUGUAUAUUAUAUAAUAUUAACUAUGGUAGAAUGCAGAGCAAAAUCUAAUAACAUGGGAAACUGUGAUUUGUUGUUUCAAUUGUGCUAUUUUCAAAGAUUUGUCCAGUUUUAGGUCCUUGAAUUUACAGGUAAACGUCCUUGAAAGUCCUAGAAAUGUCCUUGAAUUUCAUCUUCACUAAAGUGUGAAAACCCUGUAAUUAACAUAUUGUCAAUGUAAAGCUUUUGUAAAUGGUAUCUAAAUAUAGAAUACAACAACAAAAAAGUACUGGUGAUAUCAAUAAUGAGUAUGCACCGGUGUGGAACCCUUAUUUAGUCAAAAACGUACAGGCAAACACACAGAGAUAUGAUUUAUGAUUUAUUAUUAUUAUUUCAAUUUGUGAAGGCAACACAGACGGACCGGCAGCAUUUCAAGAAUUUUUAUACAAUCAUAUUAUCCCAUCAUGCUUUGUGGCACCGUCCAAGCCAGAAUUUGACCUGAAUGAUGCACAGACAAUGCUCGUAAGCGAGAAGUUAGUUUUUAUUAAGGGCAGGAGGGGGGAGUGGGGAUCCGAAGCCAGCUUG